AAUAUAAAUAAAUUACGUGCUUGGGACUAUAUUAAGAAGAUGCUAAAUUUUCAGAACUUGUGUUAAGAAAAAAUUAAUCCUUUCACAGCAGAUCCAACAUUUCUUUGACAGCAAUAGCACGAUGACUGGUGCAGAGAGGUACCCAGACUUCUUCAAAGUCUUCCUUCAAGAGCAGCACUCGGAAAGAAUACUUAUUCCCAAUGCUUUUGUGAAGUUGGAACGGUUACAGGGAAAGAUCCCUGAGGAUGUCCUCCUCAGGAAUAGUAGUGAGAGAGUGUGGCAUGUUAAAACACGGUUUUUUGGAGACAGAUUAUAUUUCGAUGAAGGGUGGAAGAUUUUCCAUGAAGAAAACUGCUUAAGAAAUGUAGAUUUUCUGAUAUUUAGAUAUGACGGGGUUAAUGAGUUCAGGGUCAAAAUCCUUGAAAGAUCAACACAGUGUGAGAAAACUCUGGUAAAGAUGGAGGAGGAGGAAGGGAAUGAAGAAGAGAAAGCAGCAACACAAGAAGUUGAAGAGACAGUGAUAACACAGGAGGAACAAGCUGAUGACUGUGACAUAGAGGACGAGGAAGACAGUGAAGAUCAGGACUACGAUGACGAUGACAAUGACGAUAGUGAUUUUGAUGAGAACACAGAGAUGGAAGAACAGAGUGAAGAAGAAAUCUUCGUUGAUCCUGUUGGAUACACCAGUCAAUUUUUUUUCCCCAUAUAUGAGAGCAUGAAUCAGCCUUUACCCACUGAUUUAUCUUUCUUAGGGGACACUGCAUCAAAUUCGUACCCCCAGACUGAAGACCCUUUCAAAGAAGAUGAAUUUGACCCAGAAACGUGCAUUCAGCCAGAGAAUAAUUUUUUUGAAGCAAAACUCUACAGAAGUAGACCCAACGAAUUGCAUAUUCCAGGAAUCGCCAUUCAAGAUUUUUCUCUCAGUUUUCCUGAAAAGAUUACCCUUAAAUGUUGUCAACACUGCCAGCGUAAGGAUAUUCAAAGAAACAAAUUACAAGACUAUCAUCUCAACUUAGCACAAGAGACACCCAUCAGAAAAAGAUAUUUAGAAGUGACGGGAAAAGUGUGUAGGUGGCAGGAUGAUAGAAUAUGUAUCAAGGGUUGGGCAAACUUUAGCAGAAGGAACAAGAUAAAAAAUAAUGAUGUAUGCAUCUGUGAAGUUAUAUCAGACGAAGAACAAGUAGUAAGAACAUUUCUGGUGCACGUUAUAGGUACUAGGAGGGAAUAA